ACAGGACAAUGUAGUCCGUGUUAGCCUUAGUCAGUCUUCUCAUUACUUAAUUAUCUGUUACUUCUUAAGUGAAAUCAUUAUAAUUCAGCAACGAAUAGGAAGUAUACUAUGUGCUUCGCAUCUUUAAUUCAUUUCCAAGAAGAUUCAUUGCGUUGUUUUAAGGCUGCGUAGGCACGCAAAAGCUUUAUUCCUUAUUCGGUAACAUUAUUUAUAAUCCGGUGCACGCAUAAUUGAAAACAAAACAUCAUCAAAGUGUUAGAGGCCCGGAAUGGACAAAGAUCACAGAACGCAUGGAUCAAAUGCGGGGCGCCCUUGUCGCGGGAAUCGAUCGUCUGCCGACCAGUGCCCUUAUGGGAACUCAAAUGACUUAAAUGAAUAUGACCUUGAAUUGAGAAGAGCUUCAGAAACAACCAGAUGUUCCUGCAACUGCUUGCAGUUUGUUUCUCUGAAACAGCGUCGAAGAACUCGUGGCUUGACAAGUCGUCGGAACGUUAUGUCGCUUAUAGUAAUUCGAUGGAUUGUCGUAACUGCUUUUAUCGCAUCUGUCGUCCUCUUAACAGCUCUUCUGUACAAACAAAAGAAUGGCUUGCAAAAUUUCGAUACUCGUGCUGUAGGGAUGGGAACGCAUAGUCGUAAACCUACAUUCGAUAAUGUUACGAUAGCCGCAAGUGACGUAUCAUCGGAUAAGAUACUUGCUACAGCAGCAACAACAACAUCAAGAAAAAAAACUGUUAGAAUUUCGCCCAAACGAAAGAAAAAAUCAAGCCUUGGUUUUCCUUUCAAUCCAGAAACGUUUGACAAUUCUACUGUUGGAAAGAAGAAGUACGUUAUUAUUUACUGGUCAAAAAUACGAGGAUUUAGGCCUCGGAUACAAACCAAGAAAGAAUACGAGCAUGACCCUCAUGUCUGGCCUUACACCUAUGCAGGAGAUAAUUGCCCUGUGAAUUGUGAACUUACGAAUGAUCGCUCGAGGGCAGCCGAAGCAAGUGCAUUUGUCGUGCAUUCGCGCUUAACUGAUGUAUGGGACUUGCCCCCCUACAAGUACCUGGCUCCUUGGAUUCUCCAGAAUAACGAAAACCCUGUUUAUACACCGGCAUUAUCAAAUCGACGACUUAUGAGCAAAUUUAAUCUGUUGAUAAGCUACAGGCUGGACUCGGAUUUUCCAAGUCCUAUUUAUCCAAAACCAAGUUUAGACCCACCAAUACCAUUUAACAAGCGACUGGGUAACGUGUUGGCUGUGUUUUCCAAAUGUGAGCCAGUUCGAACGGAGUACAUGCGACAGUUGAUGAAAUACAUCGACGUUCAUUCGUAUGGUGCAUGUUUGAAAAAUAAAAAAGGAUUGAUCGGGCUCUAUAGUCAAAUAAACGGUAAAUAUGUCUUUAAAGACUACAAGUUCGUGAUGUCGAGAUACUACAAAUUCUCACUUGUUUUCAUGAACCAAGACUGUGACCACUUCGUAGACGAUCGUUUGUACCAUGCCUUAGAGACAGGUUCAGUUCCUAUUUAUAUGGGAACAGAUCUGAUUGACCAGUUUUUGCCCGGAAAUCUACGGAAUUCAAUCAUCAGAGCAAGUGACUUCUCAGGCCCUAAGGAGCUUGCGAGCUAUUUACAAUAUUUAAGCAAUAAUGAAACAGCAUUUAAUAGAUAUCUUGAAUGGAAAUGGCAAGGAUUGGGUGACUACAAGAACACAACGAUUGGAAGAUGGUGGGAUAUAAAAUACCCACUUUUCUGCCAGGUUUGCAUGAGGUUGUCUCAAGGAAACCUUCAUUCUGGACUUGAUGUUGACAGGUGCGAGCCAAGGAGGUAUCAACACUGGGGGCUAGAGCCUCCUUACCCAAAAACGUACCCCCGGAAGAAGAUAGAGCCAGAAAUAAGCGAACAGUUCUUCAUGUACUGGAAACCGCUCUUAGUGACUGGUAUUGUGUUUGCAUCGAUCGUCCUUAUUAUGAACUGCUGUGUUCAGUGCAUGAUCCAUGGUGGAUAUGAGGAAAAAGUACCACUAUAGUACGACUUACAUAUGCGUAUCCACUAUAAAAGUCAUGCUUUAGAAGGAUGAAUUCACUAUCGGUGAAAGAUAUUUUAAUCAUCAACGCCUUCUGAUCAAGGAUGACUUUUAGGAUUGAGAGAAGAAGGUACUCAUUUGCAUCCACUAGGCAUGGCUUUUUCACUUUCAAAAUAUAAAAUCUCAAGAACGCAACGUGUACGCCAUGCAUGAUAACUCGAUGAAUACAUACCGAGAAACUGAACUUAUCAAUAUUUACUUAUGGAUGAUAGCACUUUUAGAAGGGUGUAGUACUGGAAGUAUGCAAAUAUUGGGAAUUUCUGCAAUGCUGCAAUAGCCAAGGUCUUAACAAUUUUCUGCAGGCAACGUCCAUUACACCUCCAAUCAGCUGCGUCACAGCUGAUGGCAAUCUAAGCAAAAACAGAAACAUUAUACAUAAAAUCAAACAACUGGAGCUCUGUGUAAAUAUUCUGAAAAACCAUAAACGGUUCCCACGUUUCUAUUCUUUAGCAAUCUUUCAAUGUAUCGUCUCCUAGAAACCUUGACUGUUAAGUUUCUUCUUUCUGCGUCACAGUUAGGGGCAUUGAAUUCUAAACAAUUGUUCGCCUGGAUCUUUCUUUUUAUAAUUACCGACCUAUAAAAUCUCACAA